UGCAGAUUGUAGCCCCUCUGAUCAUUCAAACCUGCCGGCUGUGUCUUUUACUAUAUAAACCUGACCUCCAUCCUCGGUUCCUCUUCUAUCUGGAAGUAGCACUACGUACUAAUUAAGUACUUGGUUCUUCUGUACGUGUUUCUUUAACAGGGUUUCUGGGUUUACAGAAAUGUCUGGUGAAGUAGUAGCACCAGGGAAUCCCGAAACAAGUAUGGAGGAAUUUCCCAAAGAACUCACUAGGAAGAAAACUUUACGAAGAUAUGAUUCCCUGGACCUUGAAUCCUCCAAAGUCCCAGGUCGUCACGGCCAUGGCUCCAAGGCUGUGGGGUGGUCAGUGAUCUUACAUCUGGCAUUCCAGAGCAUCGGAAUUGUGUACGGAGACAUAGGAACCUCACCGCUGUAUGUGUAUGCGAGCACUUUCACAAAUGGGAUCAAGCACAACGACGACAUAUUGGGUGUUCUUUCUUUGAUCUUCUAUACUAUCACCUUAAUCCCCGUCGUUAAGUACGUUUUCAUCGUCCUGCAGGCCAAUGACAAUGGCGAAGGAGGUACUUUUGCCCUGUACUCUCUCAUAUGCCGCUAUGCUAAGGUGGGUUUGAUUCCAAGUCAGCAAGCUGAGGAUCAGGAGGUUUCCAAUUUCCGGCUUGAUUUACCAAGUGGUCGCCAGAAGAUAGCAUCAAGGGUCAAGGCUAACCUGGAGGGCAGCCAUUUUGCCAAGUUCUUCCUUCUCUUUGCAACAAUGCUUGGUACUGCCAUGGUGAUUGGUGAUGGUGUUCUCACUCCUUGCAUCUCAGUUCUAUCGGCUGUGGGAGGAAUCAAGGAAGCCACAUCUGAAAUGACAGAAGAUAUGAUUGUUUGGAUAUCAGUAGCUAUCUUGAUCUUCCUGUUCAUGAUUCAAAGAUUCGGAACAGACAAAGUGGGGUAUAGUUUUGCGCCAAUAAUCUGUAUUUGGUUCGCAUUCAUUGGGGGUAUUGGCCUUUUCAACUUCAUCAAAUUUGAUCCAACUGUUAUCAAAGCCAUAAACCCAUAUUACAUUGUACAAUAUUUCCGAAGGAACAAAAAGGAAGCUUGGGUUUCUCUUGGUGGAGCUGUUCUUGCCAUAACAGGAACGGAAGCACUAUUUGCCGAUGUUGGCCACUUCACAGUUCGGUCCAUACAAAUAAGUAUGUGCUCAGUGACCUACCCAGCUCUCAUUUUGGCUUACUCUGGACAGGCUGCCUUCCUUCGCAAGCACAACGAUCUUGUUAAGAAUGCCUUCUACAAGUCCAUACCAGAUCCAUUGUAUUGGCCAAUGUUUGUGGUGGCCAUAUUGGCAUCAAUAGUAGCUAGCCAAGCUAUGAUUUCAGGGACUUUCUCCAUUGUCCAGCAAUCCCUCUCACUUGGGUGUUUCCCUCGGGUGAAAGUCGUGCAUACAUCGGCUAAAUAUGAAGGACAAGUUUACAUACCAGAAGUCAAUUACAUUCUCAUGUUGGCUUGUGUUGGUGUCACUUUGGGUUUCCGGAGCACCGAAAAGAUUGGCCACGCCUACGGUAUUGCAGUGGUAUUUGUGAUGACCCUCACAUCAGCAUUCGUGGUACUAAUCAUGCUCAUGAUAUGGAAAUCCCACUUACUCCUUAUAUUAUCCUAUGUUGUUGUUAUUGGCUCUGUGGAGCUUCUGUAUUUAAGCUCAGUCCUCUACAAGUUUGACCAAGGAGGAUAUCUUCCCCUAGCCUUUGCCUUAGUCCUGAUGAGCAUUAUGUAUAUUUGGAACGACGUGUACAGAAGAAAGUACUUUUACGAGCUUGAACACAAAGUUUCUUCACAGAAGUUCGAGGAGAUUGUUGCAGAUGCAAAGUUUUGUCGAAUGCCAGGGUUGGCCUUGUUCUACUCGGAGCUUGUUCAAGGCAUUCCACCUAUUUUCAAACACUAUGUUGCGAACGUGCCUGCACUGCACUCUGUCCUCGUUUUCGUCUCCAUCAAGUCGCUGCCCAUCGGCAAGGUUCCAAUCGAAGAGCGUUUCCUCUUUCGUCGAGUGAAGCCGAAUGACCAGAACGUGUUUCGAUGUGUUGUGAGAUACGGAUACACAGACAUGCGCAACGAGGAAGAGUCCUUCGAGAAGAUGUUGGUGGAAAGAUUGAAGGAGUUCAUCAUAGAUGAUUUUUGGUUCUCCCAAAAUGCAUCAAGCAAUAUUAAUGCAGUCGAAAAUGAUGGUGAGAGUGAGUUGGAUGGUGUUUUGGUGGAGGACGGAGAGAGAGAAAACCAUGAGGAUACAAAGCACGAUGAAGAAGAGAGGCUGCAAGAGGAGGUGGAGAGAGAGAUCGAGGGAGUGGAGAACGCAAGGCGUGCAGGGGUUGUUCAUUUGAUUGGUGAAAAUGAAGUGGUUGCGGGGAAAGGAGCGGGUCUAGCGAAGAGAUUUCUGAUUAAUUAUGGAUACAAUUUCUUGAAGAAAAAUCUGAGACAGACUGAAAAUGUUUAUGAUAUUCCUCGCAAGCGGAUGCUGAAAGUGGGCAUGACUUAUGAGCUUUAGUUUAGAACUUGUAUAUCUAUUGGAAUCAGUACAUAUUGGAUUCAGAUGGGGGCUGGAUUAAUGUUGGCCGGAUGCCCCACUUGCCUUGGCUAGAGAGAAGAGCCUGGGUUAUUGUGCAGGUCUUGUAAAUUGCACAAGUAUAACGUAUCGCUUAUAUAAAAUAGUAGAUUUAAUUGUUUA